GCCUAUCCCACAGGACUAUUAAACGACCUGCUGUCUUAACAGGAGGAGCUCUCCAUGUCACUUCCGCAGUCCUACGGUCCAUGGCGGUACCCGGAGGCUAACUGGCUUGGGAGAGACGAAAGGAAAAAAAAAUACUGUUAAAGUCCACGUGUACGCAAAGAGCACUGUCCGGGAUUGUGGGUGGAUGUAGGGUUUGGUUACUUUUUAUCCGGAACUUAGGUGCUGCGGGACAAAGGCGGCUGAGGGAGCGUUCCCUCUAACCGGAAACGAUCGCUUUCAGGCACUCAAGGAUCCUGUUAGCGCAGAACCGGGCGCCAGAGGGCGCUGGGUAGGAGCAGGGACCGGAAGUGGUCGUGGGCAGAGGCGAAAUGAUCAGUCCUAACUUCCGGGAUUCGGUAGGCCUGCUGGGGAGCUUAAAUAAUGAGAGGCGGCGGGGCUCGCUUGGCCUGCGUUUGUUUGCUUUGAGCACUGCCGCCCGACCAACAGCUCACCAUGUUCCUGGCGCGCCUGACUUCACCGCUGGUCAGGACUGUUGUUCCCUGGGCAGGUUUCAGUCGUUCCUGCCCUGGCUCCGGGGUGAUUGGCAGCUAUGCUUUUCGACCCCUUUACAGUUUGCAGCCUGGAAGCCCAAGUCGGGCUGCCUCCCUCCCUGGUAAGAGGGCCCAGUUAGAGCUUGAGGAGUUCCUGGUCCCCAGGAAGAUGGCCAUCAGUCCUCUAGAGAGCUGGCUGACUGUUCAAUACUUAUUGCCCAGACUGAAUGUUGAGGUCCCAGUGACUCUGACUUCCUCCCGACUCUACGAAUGUCCACCUAGGCAGGGGGAGGAGGAAGUCCAGGAGGGAGUCAGGGAAGUCUGGGAUGCUACUCCAAUGCAGUGCAAAAAUGUGCUGAAGAUCCGAAGGCGAAAGAUGAACCACCACAAGUACCGUAAACUGGUCAAAAGGACACGGUUUCUACGUCGUAAAGUCCGGGAAGGACGUUUGAAGAAGAAGCAGAUCAAAUUUGAGAAAGACUUGAAGCGCAUCUGGCUUAAGGCAGGCCUGAAGGAAGCCCCUGAGAACUGGCAGACACCGAAGAUCUACAUGAAGAACAAAUAAGUCUGCGCUCCUGUCCCUCUGGCUCUCUUGCUGCUUCUGACCCAUUAUAAUAAAUAUUGGAAGGACUCAA